CACUGAUCAACGGAAAGAGCCGAAGAUGUCGGCUCAGUCAUGUGAUCAGCUGUGUCCAAUCACAGGGACAUGUACACUGAUCAUCAGGGCACUGCUGAUCAGUGUGCCCUGGUGAUCAGUGUAGCCCCAGCAGUGCCAGCUGUCGGUGCCCAUCAGUGCCACAUCAAUGCCACAUAUCAAUGCCUAUCAGUGUACAUCAAUGCCACAUAUCAGUGCCCAUCUGAGCUGCCUUUCAGUGUCACCUAUCAGUGCCACCUAUCAAUGCCAGUUCAGUGCCACCUAUCAGUGCUGCCAAUCAGCACCACCUAUCAAUGCCAAUCAAUGUCGCUUAUCAGUGCCAGUCAGUGCCACCUAUAAGUGCGCAUCGGUG